GUUGGCUGGGAACCGUACAGCAGUUCUACCACGACAUGCGCGGGGAAGGUGGAUCACGAGUUACCAGUAAAUUAAAGCAAGGGGCACACAUACACCAACCCACAGCCUUGCCAUUACCUCACGCUCACGCAUGGCACAGCCAUAUCACAUGGGCAGUGGAAGCCAUGGACAGCUGUUUUGCUCUUACAGGGGCUCAUCAGCAUGGCAUAGCCGUCAGUCAGUGACCGGGGAAGACCUGUGUGUAAAAGACCCUUUCCUGCUGAGGCGAGUCCUUUAAGUGCCAGCUCCACACAACAAAUGUGGGAGAUUUUGGCUGGGAACUGCAUGGCAGUUCUCCCACAACAUGCGCGGGGAAUUAAGGCGGAUCAUAGGUUUGGUGUAUGUGUGUCCCUUGCUUUAAUUUGUCUUUUGAAAAUAGUGAACUAAACUGUUCUACUGCAUAAAGAAUUUGAAGUCCCGACUUUAUGCGGCAAAUUUUUCAAGGUAUUGUCGUUUUGCGUAAAAUUAAGUGGUGUUAUUAGCAAACUUAAAAUCCUCGAAAAAUCAUAUUAAAGUCCGCGAAUAUUCAACGUACAGACUUAUAUUUGGUCUCUUUUUAAAGUUAAGAAAAUUUAUGGUGCACCAAUUCAAUGAAGCCUUUUGAAUUAUUUUGUUUUUUUUUAGCGGCAUGCAAUAAAAAAUUCCAGCGGUCAAAUGCGACAGAUACCGCGUGGGAUGGAAAUGAUCCACCCAACGAUUGGUUGAAGCUAGAAUUUCUCAUAAUUAUAUCUGGACAAUCAACCAACUGAAAUCACUAUCUGGUUUUUGGGGUGGUGAUGUCACUGGACUGCAUCAGUGGCUCAUUGAUUCAGAAAACUUUCAUGGGAGUUAGCGACUUGAGGAGAUAGUUGAAAUUCAGGCUACCAGCUGGGUCAAUCAACUUGCUCAAGACGAGAAUAUCAGAGUAUGUGCGAGUGCUGUGUAAGAUAAUCAGAGAAUGUGCUAGAGCUGUUUGCUCUGGCACAGGGGUAAACUUUUUUCCCAUAUAAAUACUUGCUAAAUUUGAGUCAGCUGAGAGGCCGAGCCUUCUACCCAGGCAACCUUUUUGAACCUCUAUUAUUAAGCAUUUUGCCCUUCAUUACCAGAAAAUAGAUUUUCAUUAGCAUCAAAAAUUAGACUGUAAAAUGGGUAUGUAUUCAUUUCAGAAAAAUAAACUAUUAUCCUAAUUUUCCUGUGGUCAAUAAAGGCAAACAUUAUUUUAGUGUCAACAAUUAGUUUCAAGUUUAUGGAAAUGACAAUCUGUCAAUGCAAGAGAAUAGAGAAACAUUCACAGCAUCUUAAUAUUCUUUAACAUUAAUUUUCAGUGUACAUUCAUUAAUCAUAACUGCAACACAAUGCUCUAAUCUGAUUGGCUAUCAGCAGCCCAGAUUUCAGCAUUAAAUAAAAGGACAAUGUAGUUUAAUGGACAGUUAAUACGCACCAUCCCACGCAUGUUCUCGAAUAGCUAGAUUUUCUGUUUUCGUGUGUAGCAAAAAUCUCCUGGAAGAUUUUGAGAUUUUUUUAAAAAAGCUUAAAAUAAUUAUCACAAAAUUAUUUUGUUAUAGUUAUGAUUAAUUGGUAACAGAACCUCAUGUCAUCAGAAAUAUACUUAUGAUUAAAAAAAGUUGCACUCCAGCUACACAGUCAUCUAACUUUGUUGGUCACUUGUAUGAUUAGUAUGUGUAAUCAAAUGGUGAAAAUGGUGUCCAAAAGGCUCGGGAAAUUAUAAGGAUUUGGAUAAAAUGCAAGUGAAAUUAUUCCCUAACUUCACGAGUAUACCAUUUGACUACCUAUUAAUAUCAUGGGUGAGGAAUUAUGUUAGCAAUCUUGGAUUUUUGACACGUUUAUCCUGGAUCAUAUCAAUCGAGAACUCCACUCUCUCAAACGUUUAGAGCUUAAAAUUUGGCUUAAGUUCAGAGUUUUUCGACACAAUGCCUGUUAGAAUCCUUCUUGAUGUGCUGUUUUGUGUGUUCAGGUUUUCUAAAGCGUCUUUUUAUGCCCUGGCAUCUUCAUUCAUGACAUUUUAAAUCUUUGUUGCCAUCUUGACACUGAGACGUAUGGAAGGUUGCCAUGGCUAUGUAAUUGCAGAUUAUCCCUGAAAUUUCGUGCCAAAAUUAAGGAGUAAUUCGUAUGAUAUUAAAGACCAAAUUAGACACUACUCUAAGGCUGUGCUCUAAGGAAAAUUGAAGGAAGCCCAAUUCUCUGAACCUGUAAAAUCCAGGGUGCUCAGCAUAUGAUUUGGCUGAAAAAACUAAGAUUUCCUAGUUGCCUGAGAGCAAAAGUUAGGCAUCAGGGGCCACCGGGCUCCAGCUAGAACACUACCCGGCACUCCCUCCCUGUUAUUAACAACAGAGAUGGUGUUGUCCACAAAGCUCAUGCUUUAUUCUUUCCAUUUAAGAGGGGGAGCAAGCUUAUUUUCCUGAUGCUGUGAUUGACCAUUUUUGGUGUCCAGGAAUCGUGAUCUACUGAAAAACUGUUCUGUGAGUGGUGACUGAAGUGCACUACGUGAAACCUGAGCUGCCAAAAACCUUGAUUGUUUACACUUACAUUGAAGAUCAAUGGAAGAAAAUACAUCGUUAAUUUGGCCAAACGACCUUAACUAACUUCUGGUGGCUUGAUUUAACUUCACUUUUGAGUCUUUUGCAGUGGCUGAUCUAGGGGAGGGGCCUGGAGGACCCAGCCCCCCCCCCUUAUUUUUAGACCAAACUGAGGCCUGAAGGGCUGAAAAAAAUUUUUUGGACACCGGCCCCCCUCCCCCCCUUAUCUCAGGUUCUGGAUGACCAGGUCCCCCCCUUAAAUGAAAGUCUGGAUCUGCCACUGUUUUGAUAUAACUUCACACUUCAGUGUGCUCAGACCCACCUAUAGCUGGCUUCCCUAGGGAAUUUAUAACCCCUUUGUGUUUUUUGUAAGGUUUGUAAAACGCUAGUUAACUUGCUAAAAUAUAAUUGAAGCACUCUGUUUUACAAAAUCGGAUCAACAUAACAUUUUUGACAUUUUGUACGACCUCUAUUUUUGAAAAGCGUGAAAACGUAAAUAUUUGUUUCGGGACUCAUGAAACCCAAAAUUGUUGUUGGGGAACUCGAGAUUAAAUCCCCCCUUGCCCCCUCAUUUAAAAAUGAUGGUAUUUAGGUUUACCUGUUAAUGAACCAACACAACUGGGAGCAAUUUCUUGCUAAAUUAUUGCAUUUAUUAGUAUUUUCUAGUCACUGUACCACCAAUAAUGGUGGCAUAGUUGUUGCUUAAACUUUGGAAGUGAUUAUUGCCCCAAAACAAUCCAGCCACCUUUAACACAACAGCUGACUAAAAACCACCCAUCACACAGGCUGAGAUGCAAUAUUGAAGCAAUUUUUAAAUAGAAUACCUGGUCUCUUAAUUGUUUUUUAACUUAACUUCUCUUAGAAUAAGGCACAUGAAAAGCAAAAGGGUCCAUUCAUACUCAUACAAUUACCUGAAAUUAAAAGGCUGGGUGACUAAAAUCUUCCUGCAGUAUUAGUUUUCUCAAAAAAAAAUUAAUCGUCAGCUAAAGCCACCACCAAGGGUGCUUAUUAAAGGUUGGCCGUUUAAUUUACAGAGGUUCUGUUUAUGGUGAUUUUCUCGCAUUUUGUUCACUCAUGGGUCAUUGGUAACUAGCUGCUAGUAAACAGUCAGGGUGGCCACUCAGUACACCUUUUGCCCUUCAUUAACAGGAAGUAAACUUUCAUUUUUGUGAAAAUAUUGGUCAAUAGAAUUAAUGUAUAAACAGUUAACCUAAGGAAGCAAUCAUUUCAGUUUGUAACACAGUCACUAAGGACUUUAGCCUUAGAUACAUGUAUUCAUAAUUUACGGUUAAUUUCUAUAGUGUUUUAUUAUUGACAACAAGAACAUUUCUUUUUAGCAAAUGAAGGUUCAUUUUCCUUUGGUUAAAAUUCAUUCAUACAAAGAAUAUCAAUAACAAUUAAAUAUUUAUGAGCAGUUUUAUUCCAAGUUCCCAUUGACUUUGAGGUUAUAUGCUUUAACUGGGAACAAAGUUUUACAUCUCCAAACUUGUAUUGCAAAAACAGCACAGAGUAUGUCACAAUCGUUUCAUUCCAAGGCUUGCACACAAACAAGCAUGCAGUGUACAUCGUACAAUUUACAUUUUAUGGACGGGGAUCAUGAAAAACUUGCUGGGAUCGCCUGCUUUAUCCUGCAAGAAAAGAUCUUAUUUUGGCCAUGUAAUAAAUCCUUUAUUAAUUGUGCCUGUCCAAGCUUGUUUGGUCAAGAUGGCUGGGUAUAUAUUGGCCUCAUUUUUUUUAAGUGGACCUUCCCUUCAUCUCUGUCCAUAAAAGCACUGAGUGUUUUUGAGUGUUAAAAGUUUAUUGUCGUGGUAAUGAACUCCAUAGAAGUUACAAAUUAAAUUUAUUAAAAAUUCAAACAUACAUGUACAGACAAACAUCCUCUGCUUGCAUAUAGAAUGGAAACAAUAGCUAGGGCUUGAUCAAUAUCCAGCCAUCUUAGCCUCAUGCUUGGUCAAUAAUAUAUGUACUGUAUAUUUAUAAUAAUAUUAUUUUAUGUAUUUCUCUUCUAAGGUAAGACAAAUGUGAUGCACCCUUUAUAUUUUGUUGGUGUAUAACAGAAGGUCUUGGUGCAAGGAAAAAGCUGGGCUUAAGUGAUUGGUUUUGCUGAAAGUGAAAAAUUGCUCAAAAAUUGCAGAAUUCUUGCAUGUGAGCAUUAUUUCAAUCACCAAGGAGCAUAUUCUUUUUUUGAAACAAAAUGGUGGCACUGAGUCAAUUCCAAAUUUCAGUCUGUUCCCAUAAUGCAGUGCAGGCAUUGAAACUCAAAGCAAAUCAUGAUGCAUGGGACUAGUUAGCAUGUUUCGGAAAAACUGCCAAACUAAGCUUUGAAACUAAUAUUUUGUUUGUUCAUUUGAAGCUUGCUCUAGAGAAGUGCUGUUCUUUGUAAAAUAAUGCAUAGUUAAGUGCCAUUGUUGUGGUCCUAUACUCAAAGUAUUAAGGAACUUCUUGCAUACAUGAGAGAGGUUUGUCUUUAGUUUUUCAACUCUGUUAUUUUUAUGAAACAAGUACAGUGUAUGAGGCAUAUUGUGCGUUUUCAGUGAAUGUAGUCAGUGCUCCUAGCAAACUGAAUACUACUUUCAGAAACUGUACGCUUUCUGUUCAGAGAUCUGGAUAUCUUUUCAUUUUACUCUGACUCUCAGCUUAAAAUUUCCCAUUGCAAGAACCUGUGGACAAAUUUGGUGAUUUGAAUUUAGUAACUUUUUAUUUCGAACAAAAUUUUCACUUAAGCGUCUUUUUCCGCCAAGCACUUGUAGUCAGUUACUGUUACUUAAACAGCACCUGCAUAGACGAGGGAUAUUUUAAGGACAGUUAUUCUCUCCGGCCUUGCUGAAAAAUAGUUAAAGCCUUGUAAUUGAAUGAUCAUCAAAAAGAGAAAAAAAAAUUCUGCUAAAUACAUAUAAAUGUUAAGUAAAAUGAUAAAAAUGGUGACUAUAUUUCACUCAUGCCUUUUUUUCUGCAGAGGCCACUAGCAGUAAGGAAACCUUGGCUGAAGGAACUAAAGAGUCUAAGAAGAAGGAUGAUAUUUCCUCUGGUAGGUGUAACAAUGGGCAACAAUGUUGAUUAUUUUGCAGUUGAAUAGCUAUCCUUAGAAAUUUUUGCUUGUUAAUCAAGUCAGUGUAUUAACCUGAAUGCAGUAUGUAAAUUUAAAGGGCCUGUUAUAUGUGGUUGUGGAGAACUUUGGUUUUCAAUCUGAGAGUACAAUUUUCAAAGAACUUUUGGUGAGGUAUUGUUCCAUUCCACAAACCGUUAGCUUUGGGUAUGUGUAUUGUAUGUAUAUAUUACCUGAUUGAAAAAAAAAUCGUCGCUUAUACAUUCAUUAGCAAAGCAAAUCAAAGUUCUUUCCACAAAAGGUUACAUUGUCACAAGCUGCUCAUGUGGACGUAAAUCCCAAGGGUACUUUGUUAAAGACAUGCCGUUGUCUUUUUAUGUCUUCCAAGAAAGCUUUUCGGUCCUAUCCUCAUGAUUUUUAA